CCCUGUAGUUACGAUGAAUGAUUCGGAUCCCGAACUUCAUUGAUUGAAGUAAUACUCAUCUAGCAGAAUGUCCUCAGAGCGGCUGCUAGGGACAUUACUCCGCUCCAUUCAAACUCCUUCCUCGCAGCAGGAUACCCCUCGGCUACUCUCCACAGCUGCAUCGCUAUUAACAAGCCUUUCGAACCCUCUCAAUCUCAGCCUUCUCACCGGCAGAUUAUUAACUUCGCCUGCGUUUUGGGAGCAUCCCGACGGCCUACGCACCUGUCUUGGCAUCCUAGGCGUAUUUCACUCUGCCAGUCGCGUUAUCUUAAACCAUGAACAUACGCAGCAAGGCUAUCACCUCACUACCUUGAAUAAAGAAGAAUGGGUGAAAGCUGUGGCAAGAGGGGCGGAUGAAAAGUCGCCGAGGUGGAAGCACACUCUGGUGCUUGGAGGUUUACUACUAGGAUUCGAGUCCCAUGAACGCCAAGGUUUACCAGCAGCAUUGAGACGGUUGCUUGAAGGCGCGAUUGUCAAAGCAUCGAAUCUGGCAUUGGUUCAGGCUGCAGAAGAAGAGCAACUGGGAACUCAUUGCAUCGGAUGGGUAUUAAAUCAUACUUUUGACCUGUUGCCGGAGGUGGAAAAGGCGGCCAUUGAUUACGAUCUUCUGCUGCCUGUUUUAAUCAACACCGCUUUCGCUUCUCCAGAAGGCCUGAGAUCGGGAUAUUUCCUGGGCGUGAUUGAUGUUGAUGUUAGCCAGGUGAAGGAGGGCAAGUUUACAUGGCCUGCGACUUCUUCUACGUUUAAGCAGAUACAACAAAUGUCUGCAAGCCCAAUAUUGUCUUCACUGGGCUCCGUCUCGCGCCUUAUUGCCCAUAGUAUCGCGAAUGUGCGAGAUCCAGCGCUCAUCCGUGCCGCAAUGGAAGAAUUGUUUGGCUUCAGCAGGACGCUUUUGACACAAUGGAGGCAAAACAAGUUAUCUCAGAUUGAUGUUUCUGAAGAAUCGAUCUUCCUGGAAAACUCAACCAUGACGAAAACAUUACCCGUACUAUGGCAGACGUUAAAAGCGGCAAUGUUUGCCAUCAUUAUUGUUCUCAAUGCUGCUAUUGGAAGGAUGCUUAGCGAUCCUCUGCUAGCAACAGAUGAUUGCGCUCCCCUUAUCGCAUCGCAAACACUUCACAGCCUUCGGAAUCUCUAUUUCUUGUCAUCCCGUCUUGGCGCCACUUCUCUGUCUCAGCACGUCUUUGUUUUCCUCGCUGCAAUUGAUAUAUUAUCUAGAUACCCUAUGCAUGUUGAAGCUUUCCUGUCAGAAAUACAGCCCGCCGAGCUGGGCAACAUUCCCCGCCACCCUUUAGACCGAUGUUUGGACCUUUUCUUCCUUAAUACAGCCGAGCAUUUUACUCUUGUCAUUUCACCAAAGAUGAAUGAGGAUCUCCUCAUUGCUUCUGCCAUUCCCUAUCUUGCCUCUGGCGGGAACAAUAAUCUCCUCGAGAUCUUUGAGGCAGCGCAUAGUGUCAUGCUGGCUGUCCUUGCCGCGCCUCAAAGCGCAAGCAUUGCUUCCAAUCAUCUCCCCUUCUAUGUUGAUGCACUCUUUAAGGUCUUCCCCCGAAACCUCUCACCUCGCCAAUUCCGGCUGGCUUUCAAGACUCUCCUACAAAUUACUACUCCGCCUUCACCACUUUCUGCGUCUCAGCCUCAACUUCCUUCAAUUCUUCUCGAAAUUGUGCAUCAAAGAGCAAUCACUGCGCCAUCGACACCGCUUGUUGCCAUUGGAAAGGGAUCAAGCGACGAAGCUGGCUUAUCAGAGCAAGGAGUUCUCGUUUUGACUUUGAUAGACGCGCUCCCAUUCCUUGGAUUAGAAGAUUUAGAGGAAUGGCUUUCCAUUACGGCCAGCUUGGCAAAAAAAGUCCAGAAUUCUACCAUGCAAGAGAUGUGUAAGCGUAGGUUUUGGGAAGUCCUGUCGAAUGGGGAGAUGGAUGUCACAAGGGCGGAGCUGUGCGUGACCUGGUGGGGCACGAGAGGGGGGAGAGAAUUGCUUAUGUUUGGAUCUACGGGAAGUAAUGAUGGCCCAGAUGGUCCGUACAUGAGCGGUGCGGUUGAUGAAAGUAGGGAAAGCAAACUGUGAUUGCAGUGAGUUGGGGCGCGAAGAUAAUGUAUGUAUAUACCUUGUUGAACUACAUUAUCAAUUACUCCUUUGCUUAGCUUGGCAGCUCUGAUCACGUUGCACUUUUUAUUUUCAAAUGUAGAGUAGAAAGACAUUGAAAAUUUGUAGUCAAUUGGAGUCUGGUCUGAAGAGGUGCAUAGUUAAUGCGCAAAUAACGUUUCUACCCGCCCUAACUUUUCAACAUGUUCUGAUAUAGUCAUGAACAUAAUCAGCUUAGC